UAUAGCGGUUGAUUGUUGGGAAGUAUGGGAUUUGAUUUGAUGUGGUGAAUAAGCGCUGACGUUUACUCUUUAAGUUAAAUCGCCAUAUUACUGUUUAUGAAAUUAAGUUAGAAAUUUAUAUGAAGUGAAAAUUUCCUUUAAGAUAUUUCUGUAGGUUAUGCAUCUUUCGAUGUAGCUGAAACAAGGUGUGUAGAAUCUCGAAACUCACCGUGUCCUGUGAUUGUGUUAUAAUAUAUGUAUUGUUUCUUGCAGGAUAAGUGGGAAAAAGAAAUUUUGCACUUGCCCAGGUUUUUCGUCAUCCAGUAGGCAGACAGGUUUGAAACUCUUCAACUUUGCCAGGUAAUCAUCACGGGCUAUGGUGUAGGCAGGAAGAGUUGGGAUAUCCUGCACUAAUGGUUCUACUAGAAUGGUGUAUUAUAAAUUUUUGUGCAGCUGAACAGAUUUGCAGUUCCAUGUAGUUCAGAUUCUGCAGCAUAAUCACUCCCACAACCUUCUGAUCAUUACACACCAUUUCAGUAUAAAUGGGAAGGAAAAAGAAGUGUUCUGCUCCAAGAUGCACGUCUUCCAGUGAGGAAACUGGAAUGGUGUUCUUCAAUUUUCCCAUGGAUUCAGCACGGGCUAUGGUAUGGGCAGGAAGAGUUGGGUUGUCCUGUACUACUGAUUCUGCUAGAAUGCUGCACAAUAAAGUUCUGUGCAACAAACAUUUCUCUGAAAGUGAUUUCACUACAGCUGAAAGGGUACACCUUAACAGAUGUGCAGCAAGCCUCAGUGCUCUAGUGGCUACAAGUGGGUGCAGCAGUGAAUUGAAGGCAACAGCUGUGUUUGUUGAGGAGGUUGACAACCUCUUCGAUAGUUUCAAUGGUGGAACAAGUGUUGGCCGAGGGAAAACACUGCGUUGCCCACUCAGUGACAACAGUCCCCAUAUAGCGCUCUGGAAAAAGGCAAGUAUGGGGAUAAAGAGUUGGAUCUUCCUCAAGGAUGGUAAACCCGCCUUUCUUCAUCCUCCUCUUCGACACAAUGGGUGGCUGAUUGACAUCACUGUUGCCCAGCAUGUGUGGAGGACACUGAAAGAGGCAGGUUUUCAGUACCUUCACACCCAAAACCUGAAUCAGGACCCCCUUGAGAACUCAUUUGGAACUAUUUGUUUAAACUGGUUCGAACAAUAACCCAACUAUGGGACAGUUUGUAGAUGCUCUGAAGACUAGCAUCAUCAGUGGCCUUGCAUUUAGAAGACUGGGGGAACUAAUUGUGAUGAUGUUGCUACUCUUCUGGAUAAUCUACAAUCGCUUUUCAGGGCACCUGAAGUUGCUUCACGAAAUCCUUCCACGAGUGAUGACAAGGAAACCCCUGUUGGUGUGCCUGAGAGUUUCCAUGUUGCUCAGCAAGUACAGAUGGACAUGAGUCCUGCAGUACCUGCUGGUGACAUGGAAGUGCUCUCAGUAGCUUAUGUCAGUGGUUCCAUUGCCAGACAGGUGCUUCGUGGUGUCAGCUGUGAUGCAUGCAAGACAUGCCUGACAUCUGAGGUGCUGCUAUCAGCCAAUGUCUUCAUAUAUUUGAAGGAGUGCAGUCAUACAGAACAGUCUCUCACAUAUCCUUCUGAGAAGCUUGUGGAGACGUUGGUACUGCUGUAACUCUGAUGGAGUCUAUAAUGACAGAGGCUGCCCACUUGAAUUCAGUGGAGCAGCAUAUCACAGCUGCCAUCAAGAGCACCAUUGACUUCAAGUGGAUUAGGUGUUCUGGCUGUUCGCUUCACCACCAACAAAUAGUAUAUAGUAUUGUGAGAUGUCUCGCACAAAUUUUCAUUCCUUGGUGGUGUAAGCGAAGAAACAGGCUGAUGACUGAAGCAGCCAGGCAGAGGGCCACAGAGAGGAAGAUGAAGAUACUGUCUCAUCGGUAAGUCAUAGGAAAGUAAUGCUUUUUCAUUUUUCCUUUAUAAUGGCCUGCCCAUACCAGCCCUGGAAAUUGACAGAGAGCAGUUAUGAAAUUACUGGAAGAAUAUGUAUAUCAACUAGUCACAUGAGCAUCAUUAAAUGUUUCAUAAGUUGGAGAAAGUAUCCCUGGUGACAAGCAGUUGCAGUGCAGCAACAGAAACUACUGUGCAGCGAAUGAUAACAUCAUCAUCCGCAGUUCAAUCACACACAAGAAACCUACUUUGAACUUGAGCUCCAUCUCUUUCCCACUUUGCAAACAUGUUGCAGUGAAUGAAAACAUGGUCAACCACAGUUCGAUUACAUACACGAAACUUAUUUUGAACUUGAGCUCCAUCUCCUCCCCUCUUUGCAAACAUGUUUCCUUCGUCUCAGUAUAUUAGAACUUCACUGGGUCAGAGUUCAUUCUGGCCUUUUAUCUUCAAGAAAUUAUAUUUCAAUCAAGUGUAUGGGAAAUUGUUUUCUG